ACUCACACGCUAUAUAUACACCCCAACCUCUGUCCUUUGCAAAUCUUUGGUUCUUCGAGAGAGAGAGAGAGAGACAGAAGCACUGAGAGAUGGCCCGUACGAAGCAAACUGCUCGCAAGUCCACCGGAGGAAAGGCUCCAAGGAAGCAACUCGCUACCAAGGCUGCCCGUAAGUCUGCCCCCACCACCGGUGGUGUUAAGAAGCCCCAUCGUUACCGCCCUGGUACUGUUGCUCUUCGUGAAAUCCGUAAGUACCAGAAGAGUACCGAACUCCUGAUCAGGAAGCUUCCCUUCCAGAGGCUUGUCCGUGAAAUUGCACAGGACUUCAAGACCGAUCUGCGUUUCCAGAGCCAUGCAGUCCUGGCUCUUCAGGAGGCGGCCGAGGCCUACCUGGUAGGUCUGUUUGAGGACACCAACCUCUGUGCCAUCCAUGCCAAGCGGGUCACCAUCAUGCCGAAGGAUAUCCAGCUGGCUAGGAGGAUCAGGGGCGAGCGUGCCUAAGCGGAUGUGCCUCUAAUGGGGGAAACUGUGGCUGCGUGCGGUGGAGCGAAUUGAACAUGCUUUGGUGAUUGUGGAUGGGGAGGUGUCUUUGUUUUGUUCUCUCUGUUAAAAUUCUCUUAGUUAGUUUGAUGUAGUUCUAGUAUUGAGUUGUAGUUGAUAUGGAAUAUUGUUAACAGGCUACAAAGACCUUUUGUGUAAUGAUGCCUGCCUGGGAUUGGUGGUGUGCUAAUGGGGUGUUUUGUUUCUGGGAAUGGUGGAUCUUAAAGUGGUGUAUUGCUGUUAAUUUUGUUUUCUGUGGAUGUGUGCAGCCACAGUAAUGUGUUGGACAACCUUUAUUGCAUCUAAUCUAGUUUAGUUUGUUAUUCUUAGAA